CACAAUGGCGCACAAUUAGACGUGGAAGAGAAAAAGAGAAAAGGUGAAAAGUGCGUACAGUUCAGCUGCCGAGUUACAAAGAAUUAGGGCCCUUUCUGGGUUCCCUCGAUCCGCUUCGAUCUUCGUGAUCUCCGGCAGCGAGGUUGCGGCAUGCGGUGUGCCAUCGGCGUUCGUUUUCAGCGAUCGUUUACGUGUUGAGAAUCUCGAUCGAACGCGCGCCCCGUCCGUACAAUCUCAACGAACGAGCGAGGGACCUCUUCGAGCCGAGGAGACCUGAAGCAAGCAAUGGAAUCUGAAUCCAGGCGCAAGGGCCCUAGAAGCCCCAGCGCCGAUUCGGACGAUUCCUCGCACGCCAGGAGAAGAAGAAAGUAUGAUCGAUCCCCGUCACCGAGACGGAACCGAUAUCGCAGGUCUCGCUCCAGAGACAGAAGAUCUCGUUCGAGUUCCAGAGAUAGAAGACGGAAGGACCCCGGCAGAUCGCAGGAUUGGAAGCAACAAGCUCCUCCUCCGCCUCAAGCUCCAAGUUCUGUACCCAAUCCGAACAAUUCUACCGGUUAUGUUCCAGCGGUACAUAAUCAAUAUCAGGCACCUCCACCGAACACGAGUCAGCCACCACCGCCUAUUUCUGCGUACAAUCCGGGAUACAACAAUUACGGUUACAACUACGGUCCAGGUCCAGGUUACGACUACAGUUAUCAACAACCUGCCGGCUAUCGAAGUGAUUACCCACCACCCAACUGGCAAGGAAGUCAAGUGUCAUAUAACAACCAGCAAGCACCGCCGCCUCCUUCUUUGACACCGCAACAAGAAUCGUCGAGGCCGAUUGACAGCGGUUCUUCUGGCUUAGUAACAUCCUUAACCAGGCCUGAGGAUGUCAAAAAAGAAGCAAUUGCAGCUGAGGUGAAACAGCAGAAAGCGACAUUGGCCAAACAACGGGAGGAAUAUGUUAAGAAAUCCGCUACGUUGCAACGCGAACUGGAAAUUCUGCGUCAGCAAUGUGACGAGAUAGGCAAGGAGGGUGGCCGCGAAAAUAACCGAAUUUUAAAGGAAAAUCAGAAAUUGCAGAUUGAAAUACAAAAUAAAAUGAAGUCUAUUCACAAUGUCAUCGAUAUGCUCACCGGUAUUAUUGGUGACAAAGUUACCGUGGACGAUCUGAAGAGCAAGUUUAAGCUAGAAUUGAGUAAGCGUUCGAGAAGUCCAAAGGAAGAUUUUCCGAAAGGGAAGUCUCCUUCGCCCGACAGAUCGUCGGCGUCCGAUUCAGAGAAGGAAUCCAAACCGGAAAGAGAUACUAGGGAGAGAAGAUCAUCGGAGGACAAGCCAAUGUACAAUUUCGUUCACUACGACCCUGAAAUGCAUUGGUGUAAAGUCUGCGAUAUCUUUCCUAAAACAGCAAAGGAAUAUUUAAAUCAUCUACAUAGCAAUGAACACAAAGAGGCUUGUUUAGAACGCAAGAUUGUUGAUAUGCCAUGGCAUGAGCGAAAUGGCGAAGGGACAGAAAAAGAAGUACCCUAUUAUCACGGACUACCGACGAAAAGAACACCUAUUAAAGGGCUACAGUUCUUCAGCGCAGCAACCGCCUGGUAUUGUAAACUUUGCGACUCCUGGAUAGGGGAUCUUCAUUGUGCUAGUCUGCAUCUGAAGUCUAAACGUCAUUCCGAGAAUUUUUCCCGCUUCGUGGAGCAAAAUCCGCAUUGGGAAACUGACUGGAUGGCCGAUAGAGAGAAGGCUUUUUCCGAGGAUAAACACAAGCAGAUACAGUUGGAAUUGCAAAAACAGAAGGAUGAUGAUCCUCCGAUAAAAUCGAAGAAAUCGAAGAAGAAUAAGAAAAAAUCGAAGAAAUCCAAGAAACGCAGAAAUAGAAGCAGCGCUAGCGAUUCGUCGAGUGAAUCAGACAAUUCCGAUACAGAAUCCGAUCAGGAUACCACCAAGAGUAUACGCGUGGCAAUGCGAAAUAAGAUGAAAGCGUCCACGCAGGCGAUUCUGAAUGAGGAGAUAGAUUAUCAGCGUAUAAAAUUGAAAGGGCAUAACUGGUCGAAAGCACCGCCACAGAUAAAUCAAUCACCGCUGCCCGAGCAACAUCCGGCAGAAGCGGACGACAGACAACUCUUAAAUUCGAUCAGGGACAAAUUGAAAGCCAAACAGGAGGAAGAGAUGAAAAGUCGCAAGGUGAAUCAAGAUAAGAUGGAGGACGAGGAAGAGGACUUACGUCAAGACAUCUAUUCGAAGAAAUCAGAAGAUUUGGAGGCUUGGGGCCCAAAGGAGCCACCUAAGCCUUUCUGGAUAAAGAAGGAAGAGGAGAAGCAGUCACAGCCGAUCACGACGAAUAAACCGAUCGAGUUGCCAAAACCGGAAGAGAUGCCGAAGCCGCACAUGGGAUUCUGGACUAAGCAGCAAGUGAACAUGACGGUGAAGCCGCCCGAAAAUAAAUCGGUGGAGAAAGAGGAGGACAGGGACCGCGACAGAGAUCGUUACAAGGAUGAUCGCGAUCGCAAGUAUAGCAGAUACGAGAGAAGAAGCCGGCGCGAUAGAGAUCGGGAUAGGGACAGAGACAGGGAUAGGGAUAGGGAUCGUGAUUACUAUGACGAUCGUCGAAAGAGGGAUAGAGACAGGGACAGCAACGAUUCUCCAAGGCGUGAUAGAAACUGGCGCGACAGCAGCCCCAAGAGAAGCUACGAUAAAUACAGCAAAGACAGGCGGGGAGAUGACAAUUCAUCGAACGACGAGUCCAAAUUCGACAAGAAGUCGAGCGAUUCGAAGUCAAAGAAAGGUGCCGCCCCGGGCAAGAAAUCCGCGCCGCAAGUGGCGGCCAAGGGCAAGUUACCGUUCAUUGGCAGAUUACCUCUGUUUAAGAAGAAGGCCGAAGAGCCGAAGUUACCGGAGAAGGAGGUAGCUCCGUUGCCCUACCAGCAAAGCAAGUUUGAGGAUACGCCGAAGGUACCUAAUGAAAUCAUCAAUCCACCUGGUGUUGCGCACAUUACCAAAUUAGCUACCCCGCUGAACUUGAAUAACAGCAGCAGCACAACUCUACUGGCAAAUAAAACUAGCAAUCAGCCUAUGAAGAUUCUAGUGGCACCGCCACCGCCCGUGCUGAAUGAGAGCAAGCCGACCCCGCAGGUGGUUGACAUGGAGAUAGACGAUCAGUCCGAAGAAACGGUCAUAGAGGAGCAGCUGAUAGUGGAACAGCAACAAAAACAGCAGCAGCAGCAGCAGCAAACUUCGACCGUGUCGAAACUACCGUUACCCCCGCAUCCACCGCCACCGUUGAGUAGACCACCGCCCAGUUUCACCCCGGGCCCGCAACAGCAAGCCGCAGCGCAGAAUAGACCGCCACCGGUACCAACGCCGCACUUUACGCCAAAUCGACCACCUCCGCCGUUCAUAUCGAAUCCACCGCCACCAUUCGUUCAGGCACCACCGAGAUUCCCGCCUCGUCAAGCUGUGCCGCCUGCUCCCUUCAUGACGCAGCCACCACCGAUAGCGAAUCCGAGUUUCGUGCAAAAUCAGAAUCCGCCGCCGCCGAUACCGACAGCAGUAGACUCGGGCGCUGUGGUGCCACCGCAUUCCGAGGUGGCAGAUAUACCGGAACCAUCGGAGAAGCGUUCGGCAGACCCGAGCAUUCCAUUGCCGGAUGAUCUACAAGAGGCUCUCAACAUAAUCUUUCCAAAGGAGGAGUCCGCGGAGACCAAGCAGCAGCAACAACAGAACCAACAGGAGUCGAACAUCAUGUAUUCCUCGAUGUACAGUAUGUUGGGCUGCGUAGGAUACGGUCCUGAAUACAUGGAUCAACCACCACCCGAGAUUAUGCAAGAGGCAGAAGCGGACACACAACCUGGACCCGAUGAUCUUCGCAUGUUGGGCAUCGACGAGGGGGAUACGAUCUUGUAAAUCAUUCUCGCGAUAUAUCUGUAGGUUUAUAUCGAUGUAUGGCGCUCCUGUUAGUGAUUCACAUGCAGAAAAAAUUCUUAUGCCACGAUAGGAAAGAUUAAUCUGUUACUGAUCCAUUUGUCCUUCAUUUCGAUGACAUCUGAAAAGUAUUUCACCUCUACCUAUUUCUCACGUGUUUUAAAGUUGAAUGUGAUGGAAAAAAAAGAAAGAAAAAGAAAGAAGCAAUUAUUAUAGAUAAUCCUGAAAUACUGUGAAUAUAAAGCCAGCGCCAUGAAUCACGAAUCGCGCAUAAGUCUGACAGCAGCGAUGCGUAUGGUCUGUAAAGAUUACUUAACGAUAUACAGUAGAAUUUACAAAUUGUCCGCUAGAUUGUAAUGUUUGUUAUCUCUCGUUAACACAGUAACUGUCUUCGUUUGGUAAGAUAUCUUCGUUAAUUUUAUUUUUUUGGAAUUCAUGAUAUAUUAUUGCACAAUCAAUAUCACAUCUGAAUAUCAGCGACAGCAACGAUUGACGUAGGAUAAGUUUGGAACUUGUCUAUUUCUUAAUAAGAGUUAUAAAAAGCAUUUGUUGAAAAUCGAUAAAUCUGAAUGACAUUAUGGAAUGUUAUGUUAUCGAUACCUAAGUCAAAAAGUAAAACGAGAUGUGUGUAAUAUCAAUAAAAAAAAUGCAACUUUCA